AUGCUGAUCCGCACACUGAUGCUCUUCGUCGUGAUUAUGCUCGCCGUCGUGCUCUGCCGGCCUUCAGAAUCCUCCGAGCCGCAGAAGACCGACAUCACCGAGCAGAUCAAGAAGUGGAUGGGCGGGUUAGUCUGGAGAAAAAAGAUUUCGCAAAAAAAUCUGAAGGUCGGAAGCGGCGGACCCGAUGAUCAUGGCCCGGCUACAAGAACUUUUGGCCGCCGAGGCGUUUCUCGACUACGACAACUCUCAUGGAAGGCUCUCCAACCUUCAACGACUCGGAUGA